GCGGAGCGCGGAGAGCGCCGCCCGGCACGGAGGAGAGCUCCAAGCGCUGAGAGGAAGCCGCAGAGCCCGGCCCGGGGGCGAUUGGCCCGCAGCGCCCCCGGGUCUGUCCCCGGGGCGCCAUGGCCCUACUGCGGCCGGGCGCACUUGCGGGGCCCUGGGCUUGUUUGCUUGCGCGCAGCUGAGCUGGGUGUAGGUUGGAAAGGCCAGGCCCCCCCGGGGCGCAAGUGAGGACCAGCGCCAUGGAGCCCCCGACCGUCCCCUCAGAAAGAAGCCUGUCUCUGUCACUGCCCGGGCCCCGGGAGGGCCAGGCCACCCUGAAGCCUCCCCCCCAGCACCUGUGGCGGCAGCCUCGGACCCCCAUCCGUAUCCAGCAGCGUGGCUACUCCGACAGCGCGGAGCGCACCGAGCCGGAGCGGCCGCCUCACCGGCCCAUAGAGCGCGCCGAUGCCAUGGACACCAGCGACCGGCCCGGCCUGCGCACGACCCGCAUGUCCUGGCCCUCGUCCUUCCAUGGCACUGGCACCGGCAGCGGUGGCGCGGGCGGAGGCAGCAGCAGGCGCUUCGAUGCAGAAAAUGGACCGACACCAUCUCCCGGCCGAAGCCCCCUGGACUUGCAGGCGAGCCCAGGACUUGUGCUCCACGCUGGGGCGGCCACCAGCCAGCGCCGGGAAUCCUUCCUGUACCGCUCAGACAGUGACUAUGACAUGUCACCCAAGACCAUGUCCCGGAACUCAUCGGUCACCAGCGAGGCGCACGCUGAAGACCUCAUCGUAACACCAUUUGCUCAGGUGCUGGCCAGCCUCCGGAGCGUCCGCAGCAACUUCUCACUCCUGACCAAUGUGCCCGUUCCCAGUAACAAGCGGUCCCCGCUGGGCGGCCCCACCCCUGUCUGCAAGGCCACGCUGUCAGAAGAAACGUGUCAACAGUUGGCCCGGGAGACUCUGGAGGAGCUGGACUGGUGUCUGGAGCAGCUGGAGACCAUGCAGACCUAUCGCUCUGUCAGCGAGAUGGCCUCGCACAAGUUCAAGAGGAUGUUGAACCGUGAACUCACACACCUGUCAGAAAUGAGCAGGUCAGGAAACCAGGUCUCAGAGUACAUUUCCACAACAUUCCUGGGGACUCACUCUCAACUCCCCAAAGGUCAAAGUCACUCUAUCCAAGUGCCCUUCACUCCUGAUGCCCCCAAACUCUGUGAAACCCCCAACUUCUAUAGAACCCAACAUUUGAAGUCAUCUGUGAACGUCUUGAACUCCUGGCCUCAAGAACUGGAGAACCUGAACAAAUGGGGCCUGAACAUCUUUCGCGUGUCGGAUUACGCCGGAGGGCGCUCUCUCACCUGCAUCAUGUACAUGAUAUUCCAGGAGCGGGACCUGCUGAAGAAAUUCCGCAUCCCUGUGGACACGAUGGUAACAUACAUGCUGACGCUGGAGGAUCACUACCACGCUGACGUGGCCUACCACAACAGCCUGCAUGCAGCCGACGUGCUGCAGUCCACCCACGUACUGCUGGCCACGCCUGCCCUAGAUGCAGUGUUCACGGACCUGGAGAUUCUCGCUGCCCUUUUCGCGGCUGCCAUCCACGAUGUGGAUCACCCUGGGGUCUCCAACCAGUUCCUCAUCAACACCAAUUCGGAGCUGGCACUCAUGUACAACGAUGAGUCGGUGCUCGAGAAUCACCACCUGGCCGUGGGUUUCAAGCUGCUGCAGGAGGACAACUGCGACAUCUUCCAGAACCUCAGCAAGCGCCAGCGGCAGAGCCUACGCAAGAUGGUCAUCGACAUGGUGCUGGCCACGGACAUGUCCAAGCACAUGACCCUCCUGGCUGACCUGAAGACCAUGGUGGAGACCAAGAAAGUGACCAGCUCGGGGGUCCUCCUGCUGGAUAACUAUUCUGACCGCAUCCAGGUCCUCCGGAACAUGGUCCACUGUGCAGACCUCAGCAACCCCACCAAGCCACUGGAGCUGUACCGCCAGUGGACAGACCGCAUCAUGGCCGAGUUCUUCCAGCAGGGUGACCGCGAGCGGGAGCGUGGCAUGGAAAUCAGCCCCAUGUGCGACAAGCACACGGCCUCCGUGGAGAAGUCUCAGGUGGGUUUUAUUGACUACAUCGUGCACCCAUUGUGGGAGACCUGGGCGGAUCUCGUCCACCCAGAUGCCCAGGAGAUCCUGGACACGUUGGAGGACAACCGGGACUGGUACUACAGCGCCAUCCGGCAGAGCCCAUCGCCGCCACCCGAGGAGGAGUCAAGGGGGCCUGGCUACCCACCCCCGCCUGACAAAUUUCAGUUUGAGCUUACGCUGGAGGAGGAAGAAGAGGAAGAAACAUCAGUGGCCCAGGAGGCAUUGACCUCGCAGGGAUUGUCCACAGCCGAGGGUGCUCUGGAUGCAACCAUGGCCUCAUCCCCAGCCAAGGAGUCAUUGGAAGUCAUGGCACAGGACACGCCCCUGGAGGCAGAGCUGGAGGAAGUGGAUUUGACGCAGCAGGCAGAGUCCACGGGCAGUGCACCUGUGGCUCGGGAUGACUUCUCAUCCCAGGAGGAAUCCGUGGUUGCUGUAAGCCAUGGCAGCCCCUCUGCCCUGUCUCUUCAGAGCCCCCUUCUCCCUGCCUGGAGGACCCUGUCUGUUUCAGAGGAUGCCCCGGGCCCCUUGGGCCUCCCCUCCACGGCGGCCGAGGUGGAGGCCCAACGAGAGCACCAGGCUGCCAAGAGGGCUUGCAGUGCCUGCGCGGGGACAUCUGGGGAGGAAACAUCAGCACUCCCAGCUCCUGGUGGGUGGGGGUCACGUGGAGGAGACCCUACCUGAUCCCCAGACCUCUAUCCCUGUACCCCUCCCCUCCCUCAAUCACCUCCUCCGCUGCCUCAAAGACUCUUAGCCCUCCUAAGAAAAAAGAAAACAGAAAAGUGGGUUUUUUUUUCUCUUUUCUUUUUUUCCCCUUUCCCCCCACCCCCACCCACGGGGCCUUUUUUUUUGGAGGUGGGGGCUGGGGAACGAGGGGCUGAGGUCCCGAAAGGGAUUUUAUUUUUUUGAAUUUUAAUUGUAACAUUUUUAGAAAAAGAACAAAAAAAAAAAAAAAAGAAAGAAACACAGCAACUGUAGAUGCUCCUGUUCCUGGUUCCCCCUUUCCACCUCCAAGACCCUCCCCUCCCCUCAUUGCCUCCCAAGUUCCAGGCUUAGUCUUCCAGCCGCCUGGGCAUCUCUACCUGGGCCCGGGCAGGCAUGGGGUCUUCUUCUGGGCUUUUCUUCUGAAUUUUAGAGGGUUUCUAGAACCCGGUCAGGAAUAGCCAUUCUAGGUGGGGCUGGGGCUGGGUGAGGGGCAGUCACUGUGGGAGGUCCCAGCUCCAGCCCCCCUCUGGUUUGCUGCCUCUUUUCCCCCCUAAAAAAAAGUCUUCCGCCUGAUUUUGCACAAUCCUGGCAAUCUGGCUAGGGAGUCAGGGAGCCCGGGAGUUGUUCACUUAGGAUUCAGGGGGUGAUGUGGAAGGGGGCGUGCACACCGCCAGCCUCAGGCAUGGGAUUUGAGGAGGGUCCUAGACCUCCUCCACUCUCCAUCCCCUCUCCCUUCCACUUUGGGUUCACUUUGAAUUUUCUCCGUUUUGGGGGGUGGUGGCUUUGAUUCACACACAGCUCCCCCCACUACUCCACUUCUAGCUGCUUCUCCUCUUGUUUCUGCCUUAAUGAUUCCCACAGCCACAGGAGAAAGGGUUGCAGUGGCUUCCGCCUGCACCUUGAGUGAGGCAGGGCCAGGCGCCCAGAACCCCCAUCCUGCCCGUACCCACCUUUCCAGUGUCCUCCAGAUCCCACCUUCCACACUCUGACCACAGCCCCCAUCCUUUUGCCCUAGGAGGAAGCAAUAAUGGCGUAUACCCUCAUUCUCAGUCCUGGGCAACCCUUCCUUCCACCCCAGCACCAAAAUAAUUUCUCCUCCUUCCCUACCUUGCCAGGCCUCUCCCUCUCCCCCAGCUAGUCCCUGAGCAAUAUGGCAGACAGAUACAAGGCCAUUUUUCUCCAAGCCAUGGGAGACUGUUUGAAAGGAAAGACCCCCUCUCUCCCUCCUCCCUCGCCCCUCAGCCUGGUUCUGCAACUGGGCUGAUCUCUUUCAUCACCUGCCCCCCACCCAGUUCUGAGCACACAGUACUGUAGCCCCCAGUUCCUCCCUAGCCUUCCAUCUGUCUGUCCACCCCAGGGGGAAGUAACCCCCCACACGCACUCCCUUGAUGCCGUCUGUACAGGGUUCAUAUUUUGUAGCGAAAGUUGUUUCUGUCCCAGCCGGGGAUCAGAGUGGGCAUUUUCUUUCUUUUCUUUUUGUUCAUUCUUUUUCUUUCUUUCUUUUUUUUGUACAUACUGUAAGGUUGGUUUGUAAAUUAUUCUACAGAGGCAAAAAGGGAAAAUAAAAACUUGUCCUUCCCUGGCUGAUCUAGUCAGGAAGGUAGGGAAGGGGGCCUCCUGUUGGGAGAGUCUCCGUUCCUGCUGUAUUAUACAAACUGUACCAUAGUCCCGGGAAAAGGGUGGACUCACCACUGUCGUUUUACGGGAAGUCGUGUCAUCCUAGGGGUGGGGGCUGGGUAGAGCCUGUCCCCUCCCCCUACCCCAGGAGCCAGGGGGUGACUGGCGAGACAGACCCCACCCCCAAGCAGGGCUCCUCUCCCCAGGGUGGGCACAGGACCUCUGUAAGCUGCUUGUGUCUUGUCCACUUUGACGAUCAGUCAUUUGGUCCAUUGAUCAAUAAUCAAUCUUCGAUCUUGUCUCCAAUUAAAACGAGGCUUUCACCGAU